GAAUAGCAGUAAUAGUAGUAGUAAUAUUACUAAUAGAAAUAGUAUUCAUCAUCAUCAUCAUCAUCAGCAUCAUCAUCAUUGAUAUAAUCGUCGUACGACUGAGCGCCAAAGCAAAAAUUAUCCGUCUUUGUUUUGCUUCUCUUUCUUUUUACUUCCGUACAUGCAGGUCAUCGUUACGGGUAUUUUUUGUCGAUCGAUUACUUUUGAAUUUACGUAAGUUCGAUGUGUACGCGAGAUGCUCGAACGCGAUAAUAAUAUUGUCUACCCUCGGCGUUUAAGCGAAAGUUUAAACUUUGUCCGUGACAUCCAGCAUAGAAUGUACUCGAUAUCUUUCAAAUUAUCUAAUCGUGUUCUGUUCAUUAUCAUAUAUAUUUUCGUCUAAUCGAUCUCUGAUCGUAUUGAUAAUAUCCUUGAUUGAACAGACAGGAAUCGGUUUGAAGUAUCUGCGUCUUCUUGUGAUCUUCUAACUUACCAAUAUCAUCGAUAUCUUUGUCCAAAGUUACUGCUAGAUUCAUGGUUUAAUCGUUAUUACAGCAAAAAUGAUCAAUUAUUAAUUCUAAACUUUACUUGCGUGAGGGUAUUUUAAAUUGUGAUCAUGGAUUAAAUGCUGCAUUAAUCAAAAUUGAUUUUGUACUUUAAUUGUUAGAUUAUAUGUAACUAACUAUGUAUAUAUAUAUAUGUAUGUAUAUAUACGUAUAUAUGUAUAUAUAUAUAUAUAUACACACACACAUGUAUGCUAUGUGUAUAUGUACUUGGUAUGUGCCAAAGUGCGUGUAUGCAUCCAUGCGUUACUGACGAUCGCGAUAGAAAAAUUUAUAUUUGCAAAAUUUUGAGAAAUAAUUCUCGAGAUACGAGAUUAUGUAGACAAUUGUAAAACGAUCGAUAUUUUUAUACAAAUAUUUGUGACUAUUGCGCGGCCAAGACUGAUGCAAUCUCUUGGGACCAACAUUUGAGACACAAAGUCCUACUAAACGUUACAUUCUAUUCUAUACUUUGUCUGUGGUCUUACUGUCAUCAAUCAAUUAUCAAAACAGGAUGAAUAAGAUUAAUAUGUAUUCGCGAUUCAUUUGCUACGAUAAAAAAGAAUAGACACAAUGCAAAUAGGAUUGAUAAUCGUACAAGUGAUCGCAAUCGCGAUUACGGUAAAAUGCAGCGAUAUUACUUCCGCGGUGUUCGGGAACGUAUUAGACGGUAUGCCAGCCGCUUUCGGUGAUUUUAAUUCCGAUGAAUUGACCGAUGUAUUCAUGCUACGUAAAAAUGGUACGACUGUUGAAAUUUUUCUGGCCGCUGAACAAGAGCCUCUUUUGCGACCAAGCUUUGACUUAAGUUGCACAUUUCGUCGUACUGUCGUUGGUGUGGUGCCAGGUGAUUUUGACGGAGAUGUGUUUAUGGACGUGCUAGUGAUCACAUUCGACAAGGAAAGAAGAUUGUCGUACGUAUAUAUACUAUGGGGUGGAAGUGGUCGGUUGAAUUGCACGAACGAAGAACAUCCUCUGCUUAACAUGACAGGUCAACCAUUGGCUCUUGAUUACAAUGGCGAUAUGAUAAUAGAUUUAUUUGGCUUGAAUCAUAAAAACGAGCGUACAUUCUGGGUGUUCAAUCAAAGCAGGAAAGCACCGACAGCUAUACCAAUGGAUACACCACAAAAAGCAUCGAUCAGUCAACCUCACUCGAAUGCUUAUCUCGACUUAAACAACGACUUUUUAGCAGAUCUAGUUGUCACUACAAAGAAAUAUUUUGAAAUUUGGCACGGAGUCGAGCAAGGAUUUCAAUUUCACAAACCGAUAUCGUUCCCCUAUGGCAUAACAUUGGAUGAUUUUAAUGGCGUGCUUGGACAAACGCUCUAUUUGGAUGUCGAAUUAACGGGCAAAAUGUCUUUGCUUUUGCCUCUCUGUUUCGAUGACGCGUGUACAAAUAGCACGAUCAUGAUGUACUCUGAUGUACAUGGUACAUCUGAUAAGUGGUACAAUCUGAAAGUAAACUUCAGAGAUGGGGAUAACGUGUUGUGGGGUUUCGUGAAACCUGAUGGACAACGAUACACCGAUACCAUCACUCUUCGUGGCGGUGAUUUCAACAUGGACGGUUAUCCGGAUUUGUUAGCCACGUUAAAAUCGACCAAUGGAAAACAAAAACGUUCCUAUCUAUUGGAGAAUGUCGCAUGCGAUUCGUGCGUUGGAUUCGCCCGAAAAUUCGAAGUUAAAUGGCAAGCGUUGAACCCAUUCCACAAUGAAACCGCUAUGGCGGUAUUUUAUGAUUUUUAUCAAGAUGGUAUUUUAGACGUAAUCUUGGUGGAGUUGGAGAAAAGUAGCAACACUUAUCGUACAGCCGCGUUUAAAAAUAGUUUAGAUUAUGAUGCAAACUUUGUCAAAGUGAUGGUGUUGACAGGACGUAACAACAGUAUGUAUCCAAUUUCUCCUGGUUCGCUCGGCAAGAAAAAGAGAACAUACGGAACGAAUCUUCCUGGCCCAUCGAUUGCCUAUCGAACCACCACACAAGAUGGCAGUCCGCGGAACGCGAUUGCUGCUCAAUUGCCGCAGAGCGCACAUUUCUCUCUCAAUUUACCCUACACGACUUUCGGUCUGGGUAGAACGCCCAAUUUUGUCGACGCUCUCACCAUCGGGGUUGGUGGAAAAUCACGAGAAUGGCCGCAAAUUAUUCCCAACUCUCAAAUGGUAGUAAUUCCAAAUCCGAUAGCGGAACCUUGGCGAUGGAAAGCCCAAUUAUUCGUAACACCUAGCAAAUUAAUUUUACUCAGCGCUGCCGCGUUGACCGGUACCUGUGGUUUAAUAUCCUUGAUUAUCAUCGCUCUGUAUUGGAAAGAGCGAAGAGAAGACAAGAUCGAGAAACUUCAGGAAGCACACAGGUUCCAUUUUGAUGCGAUGUAAAGGUCCGAUGUAAAAAUCCGUUGAAUAUCUUUAAGAAAAUUGUAUUUAAUGUAAUAAUUUAAUGUAAUAAUUUGAUAAGUUAUUCCGUAAUCGAUAAAUAAAUAAAUGAUUCGUUAAAUUAACAAAUAUACAAACAUCUACAAAGAAAUGAGCGAGUGAACGAAUAAAUGUAUACAUAUGAUUGGACGCGAUGUAUCAUAUAAAUCGAUACGAUUAAUGGUACUCGUGUAGGUGUGUGUGUGUGUGUGUGUGUGUGUGUGUGUGUGUGUGUGUUGCAAUAUGUUUAAUUUAAAGAAACUUUGGCGGUAUUUUGUACAAUAAGUUUCUGAAAUAUAUCGCGCACUCUCUUUGUUUCAGAUAGAAAAUCGUCGUGAUUAAUAAAAUUGACAAUUUAUUGA